AUGUCGAAUUAUCCAAAUGGCCAGCAGUACUACCAGGCAGGAGGACAACAUCAUAGUAACUCUUAUACAAUAUCGAACAGUGGUUAUCAGGGAUUGAAUCACCGGUCAAGCUUCAAUGCUGGUGAGGAUGACAACACCUUCGCAUCAGGCCAGACCCAAAAUCAGUCUCAGUAUUAUGGUCAUGGACAGUCACCUCAGGGACAAUCACAGCCCUACGGCACGCCGGCUGCAUUGCCGUACCGAACACAGAGUCACUUAGGAGGAUAUCAGCACCAGUCGCAUUCUGCCUCAUCUGCGCAUCCUUCCUACAAUCCGGCUCAAUAUCAGCCUCAGAGCGCCUAUAAUCCACAGACCUAUACAUCGCAGGCAUCGAACUCGUACGGCAGUGCUGGCUACCAGUCUGGCUUUCAGCCUUACGUACCAGCAGCAUAUGGAGACCCAGCUCUGAACCAGAAUGCUUCCACGUAUGCGAACCCCUACAGAAUGAGCUCUCAGCUUAACUACAAUUCUGUUCCUCCGGUUCCUCCCAGAAUGAACAACUCUCAGUCGCCUGGUCAAAUGUAUCCGGCUGACAUGUCCAAUACUCUACCAUAUCAAAGUAACCAGCACCUCCAGAUGCCUUCUCCUCCUGCGCCUCCUCCACACCAGGACUCAACUAGGCCGUACUUCCAUUCGACAAACAGCUACGACCAAUUCGCCGAUCCAUUCAUUCCUUCCUCUCAGGUUGCUCGGAACCACUCAUCUGCGAGCCGCACCAGCGAUCUGUCCCAUCCCUAUAGCCACUCACCACAACUUAGUGCUGAUCCACCUAGCAGAAAUCCAUCGCAAACAGGAAAUUCGUAUGGUGGGCGACAUCCGCAGGGCUCCACCCUACCGGGCCUACCUUCCGAGUCUGAAUCCGACCAAGAGCGCUAUGGUGUCUCUUCAGGGACCGUGACAGAAUACGAUGAUCUUAUGAACACUUUGGAUGCCGCCAUCGGAACUUCUUCUCAGCAUCAUACUGGCUAUAGCAUUACUGCCCACGACCCACUGUUCUCUCCAGCUUCACCUCAAUUGGCUCUAUCUCCGGACGAACGGCCCACACAUAAUGGUAUCAUCACGACCGGUGAGCACAACAUCAAUUAUGGCGCCUUUGCAAACGACAGUGAUGCAGAAGCUGCAGCAGGUCUGGCUGCUAUGCAAGCAGCUGAUGAGCAAGAAGCAGCCGAGGAAGCGCGAAGGUAUAGCAGCGGCUUCCAGGUUAUCGGCGCUGCUGACUACUCUGACAAGGAGCGAAGCGACGAUAGUGACUACGCGACAGGAUAUGGUGAUUUGAGUCUUGCAGGUGGUGGGUACGCCGGCACCAUGCAUUAUGGCACCAAUCUUCCUGCUGUGACCGCUUCGUCUCAUGGCUAUGAGCACCAGCUGAACCCACGUAUGGGUUCUAUGCGAAGCUCGGGAGUUUCAAGCACCCAAAGUUCAGGCUACGAGCAUCUGGAUACCGCACCACUAUUUCCUACUUUACAGCCUGGAACGGUGCGAGUAGAUACCGAAGGUACAGGAGGACUUACCGAGCCUAGCCCGCACCCCAGGAGACUGAGCUAUGAGGAUGGUGACGAGGGGGGGCUGUCCGAUUAUGCUGAGCGUGAAGAUGGCAUUCCUGACCUCUUCUUUCAUCCGGGCAUGAGUCCAAAUAGGCCACUACCACCUCCUCCUGCGAGGUCUACGUCUGAUGCAGGAUCGAGGAGCUUGCAACACCUCUCGGUCAAUCUGUCAGUGGGCACCGACAACAGAUCCUCCUACCAUGGCGCAGACGCAUCACUACGUCUCUACCCGACCGCACCUGAUGCAUAUAACAAUGAUGCGCUCAGUCCAUCCGUAGUCCCACGAUCAACAUCUCUUGCAAGCAACCGCAGUCAGCCAAGAUACGAGCAACCGAUGCGCUCAAAGACAGACGCUGAUCGUGCUCGCAUACUUAAACAACAAGCUGUUGCAAGAGGCUACCACGAUUCCUAUUCUUCGACCACCCCCAAGUCCGACGCAGGUGUUGGCGCACUAGAUCUGCCAGCUAUUCCACGCAAAAAAUUUGAUCCCAGCAAGAUCUCGACUGCGACGUACGACAGAUGCACUGAGCCAUGGGCAAUGAGUUCUGUAUUCGCCUGGAUUAAGUCCUUAGCUGACGAGGAGAAUGAUCUCAAGGAAGGUACACUUGUUGAAGCAAUUUCUGCGCUCUACUGUCACAAGGUCCCCACUAUCAGCUCUAUAGAUGCGGAGGACUUGGCUCAGCAAUUUGUGCAGGACAUGUACUCUAGUGCUGUCCUGCAUAAGGAUGAAGAAUGGGUCAAAUUCAGUCCUGGUUCAAUGUCCGGGGUAAUGUAUCAAUUGACUGGCCUUGGCUGUUACUCCUCGUUGUUGCAUAUCUCGGACGGCAUCAAAGGUAGAUGUUACUCGCACCAUUGUAUGCGUACCGUAAAGAAGGCCGAUUUCAGCAUCCCAGAUAGUGUCAAAGAAAUUGACUGGAAGACAUAUUGGAAAACAACCACAGCGCAGGAGGAAUCGAGGGACAAGAAGGAGAUUGCCAGACAGUACAACAUGCGUGAGAUCGUUUAUUCAGAGGACGGAUUCCUAUAUGGGCUAAAUGUCCUGCGCACGUUGUACAGGGAUCGACUGGCAAGAGCUGAUGUGACAGUCAUACCACCAAAGAGAUUGCCGAGUUUCAUCCAUGAUGUGUUCGGGCUUGCGGACAAUGUCAGAAAAGUAAAUGAAGAGUAUCUAGCACCGCAACUCAAAUAUCGCGAGAAUGAGCAAGGCCCGUUCGUUGUGGGCCAUAGUGAUAUCUUACGAGAAUGGAUUCGAAGAGCACGACCGAUCUAUGUGGAUUUUGCAAGCAGAUACCCUAAAGCUGAUGCCAUGGUUCGAGAUGAGUUGCAAAGAAAUCCUGCAUUUGCGACCUUUUUGGACAAUGCUCGAAAAGAACCAAUAUCGAAUCGGCUGGGCUGGGACAAUUACCUCAAAUCGCCAAUUCAACGACUUCAACGUCUGAUUCUACAGCUCGAAACUCUUAGCAAAAAUUCUACCGAAGCAUCUGACGAGAAGACCAACCUGGCAUAUGCCAUCGACGAAGUCAAGGCUUGCGCCCACGAGAUGGAUGUUCGAGUAGCCGAAGUGAACAAAACAUUAGACCUUGUUGUACUUUCUAAGAAAUUGAGAUUCACAAAACAUCCGGGCGACCAGGUCGAUCUUGCUCUUGAUCAUCUCGGACGGACAAUCGUGCUAAGAGGUGACAUGAUGCGCCAGGGCGGAAAGGGUGUGUUUUGGGUACCAUGUCAGGCUAUCCUCUUCGAUCACUUCCUCGUGCUAUCUAAGCCCAGUAAGGAUGUUCACGGCAACGAAGUUUAUGACGUGUCGAAGCCUCCAAUUCCUAUGGGCUUGAUCUCACUAGAGUCUAUCAGUGAACCGGCAGUGAUGAGAUCCUCAGUUCGAGGCGUGACAACUGUUCCUGGUCAAGGCUCUUCCAGUAAAGGAGUUGACCCUCGACUUGCUAGGACAACGUCGAGCCAAAGUGGCAGCGUCGUACAACACACCAACACUGGACUCACCACAGGUUCUGGCGCUUCUGGAUCGAUAGCAGCCGCAACAAACAACGACGCAGAUUCCAAAGAUGAUAAGAUCUACUAUCCCUUCAAGGUCAAGCAUUUAGGACGUACUGAAGUGUAUACUUUGUACGUCACGACAGCAGAGAAACGAUCAGAGUGGUGUGAAGCAAUCAUGAGUGCCAAGACACAACAUGCACAGGCACUUCAUGCUCAAAACGCGGAACCUUUCGACCUCAGAGUGCUAGCUGACACUGCAUUCGGAGCUGAACCAUUCAAUUACGGACCGAAGCGACUUGUGGUUCGUGGAACUCCUUUAGACCGUGCUAUUGCCGACGUCGAGAAAAAAUAUCACGGAUCAGGGCGACCAGCGCCGAUAUGUAGAACGGCAGUCAAUUGUUCUACAGUAUUUCAGCAGCCUCCUGGUAGACUCAUGUGUGCAAUAGGAACAGACAGUGGUGUUUAUAUUUCGGAGUAUCAGAACCCACGAGGAUGGAUCAGAGCUAUACAAAUGACCAAAGUCACACAAAUCGCUGUUCUCGAAGAAUUCAAUCUCCUCAUACUCCUGUCAGACAAAGUUCUAAUAGCAUAUCACCUCGAUGUCGUCUGUCCUCCGAGCGGGCCUCCACUACCACAAACAGAUGCCUCAGUGCGAAAAGCGCCUCAGAAAUUAUCUGGCUCUAAAGACGUUGGGUUCUUCCUUGCAGGAAAAAUGAAAGAUCGUGUUUUGGUUUUCUACCAGAAGCGGGAUGGCAUCAAUUCAAUCUUCAAAAUCCUCGAGCCGGUACUCCAGCGCGCAGCCACGUCACGAUCUAGGUGGUUGGGCAACUCAAGUCGACGAGGAUCAACAGAAUUUUUCCGCGAAUAUGACGAGUUCUAUAUUCCAGCCGAGACGUAUGGUCUGAACAUGUUCCAGUCCAGUUUGGCAGUAGCCACGAAAAGAGGAAUGGAAGUGCUCACGUUAGACAAGAAAAUUACCUGGGGUGUGCCGAACCUCGAAAGCCAGUCGAAGGAGACCAAACCACAUCUCGACUUGAUCGGCGCGCGGCUGAAAGAUCUUAGGCCAUUAGGAAUGUUCCGACUUAGCGAAGCAGAGUUCAUCGUCGCCUUCUCCGAGUGCGCAGUCUAUGUCAACAAGCUAGGCGAUGUUUCUCGAUCGGUCACGAUGGAAUUUGUAGGACGAGCAAACACGGCUUGUCUGUUCUAUCCAUAUCUGAUUUUGUUCAAUGAUGAAUUUGUCGAGAUACGAGAUGCACAAUCCGGGCGACUGAAGCAAGUCGUAACAGGACAAAACAUAAAAAUGCUGGAUGAUGGCGGCAAUGCGACUCCAGGGGUAGCCGGCGGUCCAGCUAGUCUAGGCGGAGGCAUCAAUGGCCUUGGUGUACAAGGCCUUGGCGCCGCGGCCAGGACUGUGAAGAUGUCCAUGCUACAUCCUGGAUACGAAAGGAGCUAUGUUGUUGUCGAGUUAUUGCUGAAAACGGAUCAACAACACUGA